GGAAAAACACAUAGCAAGAAAGAAAGAAAAGAACUCUGUAAAAUCCAUUGGAAAUAAAAAAUCUCAUAUUGAAACUUCUUAUCUUUGAUCUCCAUUUUCUUUGCUAUUUAUCCCUUGUCUAUGGAUGAAAUCCAUUAAAGGUGAGAGACCUUGUUAAGCUUAAUGGCUAAUAAUGCCAUCAUAUGUCUUUCGUUCUUAUUGAUAUCUAUUGCCUAUACAUGAGAAGCAGCAAUGAAACUUUGCACUUGUGUAAAUUUUCUGGUUAUAGUAACCACAUUUUGUUCCAUCCUAAGCAAGGUGAAUUCAUCUAAAAAUGACACAAAUUCUUAUUCAUUUGUUUUGGCUUGUGGGGCUACAAAUAAUGCCACAGAUGCAGAUGGCAGGAUCUGGAGUCCAGAUUCCACAUAUCUUUCCUCUUCUUCUUCUAGUAAUUCAAUCACAUCUAAAGCUAAAUACCAAGAUCCUUCAUUGACUUCUGAUAUUCCUUACAUGACUGCUAGGAUUUUCAAGACACAAACCGCGUAUACGUUCCCUAUUUCUCCUAAAUCUCGCCAUUGGAUCAGACUUCAUUUUUAUCCUUCUUCUUAUGACAAUUUCAACUGUUCCAAUUCAUUCUUUUCUGUAACCGUUGGGGAGUUUACUCUUCUCAACAACUUCAGUGCCUCAAUCAUAGCACAGGCACUAACACAAGCUUAUAUCAUAAGGGAAUUCACUCUUGUCCCUCUCCAAACUAGCACCCUUAACAUCACCUUUAGCCCUUCAUCUGUAUACAAGGAUGCUUUUGCCUUUAUCAAUGGAGUUGAGAUUGUUUCAAUGCCUGAAAUCUUUCAAGCUGCGACUAUGGUGGGGUUCACAGAUCAGACUACGGAUACACAAGAUUCUUUUAUGCAAACCAUGUUCAGGUUAAACAUCGGUGGACAGUAUAUUCCAGCAGGUAAUGACUCGGGCCUGGGAAGAAUAUGGUAUGAUGACGCCCCAUAUUUGUUUGGUGCAUCCUUUGGUAUCACAUCUGUAGCUAAUAACAGUCUCAAAAUUGCAUAUCCUUCUAACUUACCCGAAUAUAUUGCUCCGGUGGAUGUUUAUAGGACAGCACGAUCCAUGGGGCCGAAUCCAGAUGUUAAUAGGAAUUAUAAUCUCACUUGGAUCUUCCAAAUUGAUGCAAAUUUUACUUAUCUCGUGCGGUUACAUUUCUGUGAUUUUGAAAUGAAAAGGAUGAAUCAGAGGGUGUUCAACAUAUAUAUUAAUAAUCAGACUGCUUUAGAAGAUGUUGAUUUGAUUGCAUUGUAUGCUGCCCAAGGUGUGCCUGCAUAUAAGGACUUUGUAAUAUAUGCAACAGCUCAACCUGGUGAUGAUCAAGAAAUGUGGGUGGCUUUACAUCCUUCUGAUAAGACGAGAGCCCAGUUUUACGAUGUAAUCCUCAACGGAUUAGAAAUUUUUAAGAUCAACGAUACAACGGGGAAUUUGGCGGGGCCCAAUCCUGUGCCAUCACCGCCACCAGUUCUAGCCACUGAUUCUCAGCCAAAACCAUCAUUUGCAUCAAACAAAACUAGUAAGAAAGGCAUAAUAGCUGGUUCAGUUGUAGGGAUGGCAGCUGGCUUUGGUAUUGUUCUUGGUGUACUUGCGUUUGUGAAGCGCAGGAAGAAUAUGAGCAACGGAGGGAAUAAGUCUAGCAGAGGUGGUUGGUUACCAAUUUAUAGCAGUUCUAGGACUACAGAAACUAGAACAACUAUCUCAGGCAAGAGCAGUAGAAGUAGUCACAUUUCCAACAUGGGUGGAGGACUUUGUAGGCGCUUCAGCUUUGAUGAGAUAAAACAUGGUACCAAGAAUUUCGACGAGUCACGAGUUAUUGGAGUUGGAGGAUUUGGUAAAGUCUAUAGAGGAGAGAUUGACGGAGGGACUAUCGUUGCUAUUAAAAGAGCAAACCCUUCUUCUGAACAAGGUCUUCAUGAGUUCCAAACCGAGAUAGAUUUGCUCUCAAAACUUAGACAUAGGCAUUUGGUCUCAUUGAUUGGGGCUUGUGAAGACAAUGGAGAGAUGAUAUUAGUCUAUGAUUAUAUGGCUAAUGGGACAUUGAGAGAGCACCUGUACAAGCACAACAAGCCACCUUUAUCAUGGAAGCAAAGAUUGGAUAUUUGUAUUGGUGCAGCCAGAGGUCUUCACUAUCUUCACACUGGUGCAAGGUACACUAUCAUCCAUAGGGAUGUGAAAACUACAAACAUUUUGUUGGAUGACAAAUGGGUAGCAAAGGUUUCUGAUUUCGGACUCUCGAAAACGGGACCUAAUCUCCAUCAAACUCAUGUUAGUACAAUGAUAAAAGGCAGUUUUGGAUACUUGGAUCCAGAGUAUUUCAGAAGACAGCAACUGACAGAAAAGUCUGAUGUGUACUCUUUUGGGGUUGUCCUUUUUGAAGUAAUCUCUGGAAGGCCAGCUCUAAAUCCUAGUCUUCCAAAGGAACAAGUUAGUCUAGCGGAUUGGGCAUUACACUGCCAUAGGAGAAAUACUACCAAGGAAAUUGUCGAUCCACAUAUUAAGGGGGAAAUUAUACAAGAAUGUUUGAAGCAAUUUGUUGAUACAGCAGUGAGUUGCUUGUCUGAUCAUGGAACUGAUCGUCCUUCAAUGGGUUCAGUGCUGUGGAAUCUUGAGUACUGCCUUCAGUUGCAAAGUAAUCCUGAUGGACCAAAAGUCGUGGCAGAACAGAAAGCGAACGAUGCUUAUGCUAUGCAUACGGAACUGUUAAGCAUUGAAGAAGAAGGCGGAGAAGGUCAGGAGUCAGAGGAUCACAGCACGGAGGCUGCCUUCUCACAAAUUGUGAAUCCACAAGGUAGAUAGUUGCUUAGUUCUACCAGUGUAAUUUUGUUUUUGUUUAGAAGUUUCUCGCCAGGGUUAGCAAUUUUGAAGACAGUUUAUAGUUGACAAUGAGGCUUGCUUAGUUUGUAGAGCACCUCUUUCUCCAACCGCUAGGUUGGGCGUUCUAGUCAUGUGGAUCGUAAGUGGAACUAGACUUGUAGCUAAUUGUACUUCUGUCAUCCUUAGUACCUUCAUUCUUGCUUCCCAAUGAGUGAAAGCAGGUUCAAUGUUAUAGCUACAUUGCUUAUGGUCAGCACAACUCUUAUUUUUUGAGAUUGCAUCUCUAACGGUCUGCGUUA